AAGAGUUUUCCUAUUUGUUCGAAGACUAUUUGGAGCAAAUACCACAGGGAAUGAACAUUACUAUACCGGUGCCCGACGUUAUCAAACCCUGUUGUAAAGACGUAUGCGGGGAGACAUGCUUUCCGUGGACCGACAACUUCUUCUCGCUCGAUAAUCCCGGUAUCGGACGCCUAAUUCUGUUAUUCAUAUUCCAGGGAAUAUUCUUCUGGUUUCUAAUAGUUUUGGUCGAAUUAAAUGUCAUCAGAAGCUUUAGAUAUGCAGUGAAUCGGUUGAAGACAUCGAUUUUGAACAAAAUUGGCUCAAAUGAAGACAAAAAGAAUGUGGAGAUGAAUGAGAAGGAGGACGAAGACGUGCGGCACGAAAGCGAACGAAUCAAUAACAAGGAAAAAGCGGCCAAACUCUUCGAAACGGAUGCUAUGAUUAUCAGAAAAUUGACUAAAGAUUACGGCAGUUUCCGUGCCGUCGAUCAUAUAUCCUAUGGCGUCAAACGCGGCGAAUGUUUUGGGCUGUUGGGAGUGAACGGCGCCGGAAAGACCACUACAUUUAAAAUGAUUACCGGCGAUGAGACCAUUUCCAGUGGCGAUAUCUAUGUCAACGGCUGUAACGUUAAGAAUAGCAUACAAGAGGUUCAGCGACAGAUUGGAUACUGUCCUCAGUUUGACGGUCUGUUGGAACAGUUGACGGGACGCGAGACUCUUGUGCUGUUCUGCAGAUUAAGAGGAAUUAAAGAGAAUGAUAUGGAGCGACACAUCCAAGACAUC